AUGUCUUCCACCAAGAUGCCGGUUCCUCCGGUGACGAGGACGACGCAGGUACAACGUGAGGUGGAGUUGGCUCUUUUGCGGUUUCUGUGGCAAUACCACCCGGAGCUGCACGAGCUCUGUGGGACACCUUUUGGGGCAGAGCCCGAGGAGACGAACCGGGAUGGUGAGACAUCGCCGCGUCUGCAUCGAAAGUUACACAACAACUACGUGCGUAGCUGUUUAUUGUGGUUACCGGAGUCCAUUCAAGGACUCUACAGUGCCCAGCCGUGGAUUGCAUAUUGGGCCCUACAAGCCGCGGAUUUGCUUGAUAUUACGGAGAAACUCUACGAAUGCGUCUCCCCCGACGCCCUUGGUGAAUUUCUCCUUGGCUGCCUACAGGAGGUGGAGCCGGGCGACGCCAACGGUAGUGGCGGAAGAAGUAAAAACUAUGGUGGGAGCAAAAAUUCGCUGAAUGUGAAUAAGCGGCAGGACUCGGUGUUUCCAACACAACCCGUGAACCUACGCGACGCUGGUUACGAUGAUGAAAAGCGCCUUGUGGGGUUUUCGGGCGGGCGAAUCGCGCAGGAGCCGCACCUGGCCGUGUCCUACGCCGCAUCCUGCUCGCUUUGCAUACUGGCAAAACCGGAAUACCUACAUGCCCUUCCACGUGCCGCCAUUAAGCGUUGGAUACUCUCGUUACGUUGCAAGGACGGCAGCUUCUGUAUGCACGUUGGUGGCGAGGCAGAUCUGCGUGCAUCGUACAGUGUAGCCAUCAUUGCCACCCUGCUUCAGCUUGAUGAGGUUGCCGCGUACAGUGAUGGGCGGGACGAAGCUUUGUUCACCGAGCAAACGGCAGCCUAUGUGGCGUCCUGUCAGACGCACGAAGGGGGAUUUGCAUGUGGAUUGCACGGAACUGAGGCGCAUGGAGCCUAUACGCAGUGUGGUCUUGGGGCCCUGAUAUUGAUGCGGCACCCGCAUCUCUGCAACUACGCAGCCCUGCGGCGGUGGUUAACAGCGCGGCAGAUGAAGUUUGAGGGCGGCUUUAAUGGAAGGACCAACAAACUUGUGGACUCGUGUUACUCGCACUGGGUGGGUGCGUCCCACAUGUUGAUGCGGGUGGGUGAGGCGUAUGCCCGUCUGCUGAGGCAGGCCGAGACGGCGCGGUGUCUGACGGCGCGGGAGGUUCUCCUGCUCGACCAUGCGCAGCUGCUCGACGCGACGUGUACGCGGGCUGCGGAUGACGAUGCCUGGCGACGGGCCGAGGAGAGCUAUCGACAACGCACAGCACAAGUAGAGGCGUACCUUAACGCCCCAUCGUCGUCGUCGUCGUCAGCGACGCUGGCCCAGGCGUUUUUUGACGAGGAGGUUGGGGAUUUGCUCUUUAACCAACGACGUCUUCUGCUCUACGUGCUCGCCUGCUGCCAGGAUGAGGAGGCGGGUGGGCUCAUGGACAAGCCAGGCUGCCCGAACGACGCCUACCAUACAUGUUACUCCCUCUCUGGGAUAAGUACGGCGCAGAACCUGCAAUACCUGCCUCGCCACUGCACAAAUGACGAGCUUAUUUACACUACUGCGAUCCAUCGUGGCUACAUUCCCGCAGAUCGUGAUGACUACGAUAUCGUCCUCGCGACCUGCAGCAAUGGCAGUGGUGUUGGAGGCUGCUACAGAAGCCCGGAACGAUUACCUCCACUAAACCCUAUCUUCAACCUCCGCCAGGGCCGCGUCUUGGCUGCACUGCGUGCGUGGGGGCCGAAGUCGUUCGUAUAUUAA